AUGCCCGAUCGUCAGAUUCUUGACUUUCUCGUGCAAUACUAUGUGAUGGAAAUCCACUGGAUGGAACAACUUGUGCACCCACCUUGGUUCUUGGCACAGUACCAAGUAUGGUGGAACUCAGAACGGCCGUCAUCAACACUUGACGUCGAGUUCGCAGUGCUGCUCCUGAGGAUGUGUUUUCACGCUUUGCAGUUUCUCCCCUCGCCGUCUUACACUAUCGACAAGAUCAGAGGCAUGUCCCUGACGGACAUUCGAGACUCAAUCAACGAUGUCGCCGACAAGCUCACUGCAAUCUGCAUUCGACUCGACGGGAAGGGCUCUCUUCUACGCGUGCAGCAUCUGCUCUUUUCGGGAUUACGGUACCACCUUUUCUCGAGACAACUUGACAUGUCCCCUUUCUUGCCCUCGGGUUUGACCGACGAAAACCUUCCACGGAUGCACCUAGGUCCAAACGUUGACGACGCCGACGCCCCUGGAGAGUUCUCAGAACGUUUGAUCCAAGCCCGUCUGGCGUCCUUUUGGAGAGACUUCUUGCCAAGGCGAGAGUAUGACGCGACCGUGGCCGAAGCAACAUACGAGAAGUUUUGCAACGGAUUUCUCACAACUUUGCCGCCAGCCUUCGCUCUGGACUCCAACACGCAAUGGGACGAGCGUCUUCCUAUGCUGCCUCUACAGAGGCAAAACCUGCAUACCACCAUUUUCGAGUCGCUCUGCUGCAAUUUUCGUCCGGUACUGCUUCAAAACCCAGCCUGUCUAAAUAGGCUUCCAAUAUAUAAGCGAGUUCUUCUAUCGUGUCAGAGAAGGGUUCUGGCCGUGGCAGCAUUGAGGGUACUGGAAAGUGUCUCUAAGUUGCACACCAUACUAGGCGGCUGCCACACACGGUUCGUGGGCAUUAUCUUCCCAACAUUUGAAGCUGCCGUUCUGCUUGUCGGCCUCUGUACGGAUGUCGACUUUCCGGGCAAGAGCGAGGAUGGCCCUCUCACCACGCUCAGGAUAGAUCCUCUCGGGCCUGGGAAGGCUCACGUAUCUCGGGACCAAUGCUUGCGCGCGGUUGACGACGCGCUUGCACGUCUGCGAAUGCUUGCGGAAGUGAGCAAUAUGGCUCAGGUAGGAGCUCAAACCUUGACUCAACUCCUGAGCAAAUUGCCAAGUCAGCAUGCGCCAGAUAUGGAGACUAUACCGGCGUGGAUCAACCAGAUGCUUGAUUUGGGCGUCGAGGAAGCCAUAGGGCAGUGCGAUUUUAAAGACAUCCCUAACAGCGAGUGUGGUUCGUGGGCACAACAGGUUUCAGAAGAGCUUACGUAG